AUGGCACAUACAAGAUACAUCGACUCUCCGUUCCCCAAACGCUCCCCACUGGCGGCCUGGAGUGCUAAUUCUGGCUCUGACGGACUGGCCUGUGAUGUCUACCCUGCAGGCUACACUGUGCUGGAGAAUGGCUACUGCCACAGCAGAGGUGUUGCUGGUCAGAAGAGAAAGUGGAGUGGAGAGGAGGAAGUGUGUGAAUAUGUGAGGUCUCUCAGUGAGACUGUCCAAGGUGAGAACACAAAGAGGAUGUGCAUGGGAGAUCAUCCUGAGUUAUAUAUGGACUGUGUGUCGGCUUUUCCCCAUGGCGAUACAGCCCAGCGACCAAUCACAGAGCACCCCACUCCAAUGGAUACUGUCAGCAUCAAUCAAUGCAGCAAAUUUCAUCACAGGAAAUUUCAGCUGUACACUCUAUCAGAGGCGGGUGUGGGGUGCAGUCACUCUCAACUUGGACUCAGUGUCAUAGACUGCCCAAGGUGCCUCUCUGGAGAGCCAGGUCACCUCGAGCACAUCUUACACCCCACGGAGGGAAUGGACACUCAAACGUAGUCGCCACCAUCAAUCACAUGAUCUCAUACUCCACAACAGUACACAGAGAAUCGAACUCAAACUAUAUAUUUACGAUCAACUGUCACUACUAUGCAUUUAUGUUUGUAUAAUAUACGCACUAUGUUCUUUACCUGUUUGGCAAUAAGUUGCAAUUGUGCAGCUAGUACAGACCAUAUAUUUUUGUGUUUAAUA